AUGGAGGAAGACAAGAUCGAACCUAUUGCCGUUGUGGGCAUCAAUCUGAAGUUUCCUGGGGAUGCACUCACACCCGAGUCCUUCUGGGAAAUGUUACGUGACGGUCGGUCCGCGGCUGGACGCGUACCAUCAGACCGUUUCAAUAUUGAUGCAUUCCAUCACCCCGAUCCUAAUCGGAUGGACAGUAUUAGAUUUAAAGAGGCUCAUUUCAUGAAUGAGGACCCUCGAGAAUUCGAUGCCCCAUUUUUCAGCAUGUCUCCAGCGGAGGCAUCAAUCCUGGAUGCACAACAACGUGGGCUGCUUGAAGGUGCUUAUCGCACUUUUGAGAACGCUGGAGUUCCAAUGAGUAAGCUUGCAAGCUCUAGUACCUCAGUCUACGCAGCGACAUGCGGCAGGGACUUCGACGCAAUAUUUUUUAGAGACCCGGAGUUUCAGUCACGAUAUCAAGCAACAGCUUCCGGAUACUCUCUUCUUUCUAACAGAAUCAGCCAUUUCUUUGAUUUGCGCGGUCCGUCAUUAACCGUGGAUACCGCCUGCUCCAGUGGGCUCUAUGCAUUUCAUCUCGCAUGCCAGAGCCUGCUAUCAGAUGAAUCCGAUAUGAGUUUGGUUUGUGGUUCGAACACUUAUUUGACACCUGAGACCAUGAGCAUUCCUUUGAGCAACGCGGGGUUUUUAUCUGCAGACGGCCGCUCCUUCAGCUUUGAUUCCAGAGCUAAUGGCUACGCCAGAGGUGAGGGUUUUGGGUUUGUACUUUUGAAGAAACUUUCUCAAGCUCUGAAGGACGGUGAUGUCAUUCGAGCUGUGGUAAGAGCAACAGGUGCAAACCAAGAUGGAAGAACACCGAGUAUUACCCAGCCAAGUUCCAAUGCGCAAGUUCAGUUGAUUCGUAAAACAUAUGAGCGGGGAGGUCUAGAUUUUGCUACCACGGGUUAUGUUGAAGCCCACGGCACAGGUACUAUCGUAGGAGACCCUAUUGAGGCAAGCGCCAUUGGCCAGGUUUUCCGAGAUCACAGAGAUGAGUCUCGCCCGCUUUAUGUCGGCUCUGUAAAGUCAAAUAUUGGGCACUUGGAAGGUGCCAGUGGCCUUGCUGGUAUUUUGAAAGCCAUCAUUGUGCUCGAGCAAGGUGUCAUCCCCCCAAAUAUCUGGGUGAGAGAGGUCAACCCAGCCAUAGACACCAAGGAUUUGCGUAUAGAGUUUCCAACAAAAGCCGUGGCAUGGCCAACGACUGGCCUCCGACGAGCCUCGGUGAGUUCGUUUGGAUACGGUGGAGCAAACGCACAUGUAGUAAUAGAUGAUGCUUGCAACUACCUACGCCUACGAGGUUUAAAAGGCUUGCAUCAAACUACUGAGUUCCCGGGGGCUUCGCAAGACACAAGCGUCCUUGCUCAUAUCAAUGGGGACUCAAACGGUAUUGCCAACGGUCAUGCUGACAGGCACGUCACACACAAUACAAACGGCACCACCAACGGGCACAGCAACGGGUCAAUCGACCAUCAGACCACUAAAAUUCCCAGCGAUCUCGACGCUGAUGAAUAUAAAGGCAUUCUUGUUUUAUCAGCUGCCGAUGAAGAUGGACCAAGAAGGCUUGCGGGCGCCUUCGAAUCUCACGUUGAAUCUCUUCCUUCAUCCAAGCGAAAUGGCACAAUCUUGAAGGACUUGCUAUAUACUCUUUCAGUCAGGAGAAGUCACCUACCAUGGAAAUCUUACGCUGUGGUUUCUAGCAUAGAAAAAUCAUCCUCUGAAUGGACGUCUAGUCUUAUGGAACGAAUUCGGUCUUCCAAGGCUACUAACCUAAAGUUCAUUUUCACCGGGCAAGGAGCUCAGUGGGCAAGAAUGGGCCUCGGCCUCGUUCAAUACCCUGUCUUCAGAAGGGCUUUAGAUGAAUGCAAUGCCUAUCUGAAGUUUCUCGGCUGCAGUUGGUCCGUUUGGGAUGAACUGCGGCAAUCAGCGUCAUCAACACGCUUGAAUGACCCAGCUCUCGCUCAACCACUCUGCACCUGUAUUCAGGUUGCUCUUGUGGAGUUGCUACGAAGCUGGAACAUCCACCCGUCAGCUGUUUGUGGCCACUCAUCUGGCGAAAUCGCUGCAGCAUUUUGCGCUGGAGCCAUCACCCGCGAAAGCACAUGGAAAAUUGCUUAUUACCGAGGUGUAGUCGCCAAAAAGGCCCUGGAGAAUACCGAAAAAGAACCUACAACAAUGAUGUCUGUCGGCCUCGGCGAGAAAGACGUAACCGCAUACUUGACUGGUGGCCCACAAGAGUCAUCUGUUGCUGUCGGUUGCAUCAACAGUCCAAUCAAUGUCACCUUGACUGGAUCAAGGAAACAAAUCGAUGAACUUUGGCGCGUUUUCGAUAACAAAAAGAUAUUUGCUCGAAAGCUCGCAGUUGACAUUGCCUACCAUUCCAAAUUCAUGGACCCUGUCGCUUCAGAGUAUCUUAGUUUGCUCCGAGACAUUAAAGGACCAUCGAACCCAAGCCCCAAGGCAGAGAUUAACCCACCGAGGGUAGAGAUUUACUCUUCAGUUACUGGAGGAGCAAUCACUUUACACCAGUUGAGGGAACCAUCAUACUGGGUAAAGAACCUUACGUCUCCAGUCCGAUUCUCUGAAGCCCUGACGACAAUGAUGACCGGCGGUGAUUCUAAGAUGAGAGGUUCUAAUAAAGCUCUUCAUCUCCUGGUCGAAAUUGGCCCACAGGCCGCUCUUCGUCGCCCAAUUGAAGACACACUAUCAGGAACCUUCCGAAAUGACCAAUGGAUAUUCGCGCCUGUCUUGAAGGCGAACAGAAAUGACACAGAGUCUCUCUUGGAAACUGUUGGUCUUCUUUGGAGCUGUGGUGUGGAAGUCGAUCUUGGGACAGUAAAUUCAGCAUCUCAAUUUGUCAUGAAAAGGCCAAAGAUGCUGGCAGAUCUCCCCCAGUAUCCCUUCAGCAGAGCAAAGAAGUAUUGGGUGGAAAGCCGGUUGAGUCACAACUACAGCUUCCGUCCAUACCGACGACAUCAACUUCUUGGCUUGCGUUCCAGAGAUUGGAACCCAUCUGAGGCGUCUUGGCGACAUUUCAUCAAAUUCAAGGAGAACCCUUGGAUUGUAGACCAUGCUUUGAAUGGAUCGCCAAUCUACCCAGGCAGUGGAAUGAUCGUCAUGGCACUCGAAGCUGCGCGCCAGCUUUCAGCGGAAUCUGGACACCAAAUCAGCGGCUACAGACUCAAAAAUGUGCGUUUCCUCAGGGCCAUCAACGUGAACGAGUCAGAACAUGGUGUUGAGGCCCAGAUUCAUAUGCGACCACGUCGUUCAGUAACGCAUAACUCCGGCCAGUCUUGGUAUGACUGGCGAAUAUUUGCUGCCAAUGGUAACGAGUGGACAGAAUGUGCUUAUGGUAGCAUCAAAGUUGAGAUGGAGAUGGAAGACUCGCCCAGAUCAAGAGUUCGCCAUCUUAGUCGCAAUGACUCUCUUCGCAAGAGCUACCUCGACGCUGUCAACGAGUGCUCUCAGUCUGUUCAUCGCGAGCAAUUCUAUGACAAUCUCCGAAAAUGCGGCUUUGAGUAUGGCCCGUAUUUCAGGCAAUUGCACAACAUCACAUAUAGCAACAAUGGGCGCGCUGCAGCAACCCUACCUCUACGAGAUUAUGCUCAGAACAUGCCAUACGCCGCCGAAGACCCAUGUGUCAUUCACCCAACUACGCUUGAUAAUCUAGUCCAGCUGCAGAUCGUGGCUCUUUCCCUUGGAAGCUGGAGAAAGGUCCCGACCAUGAUGUUUUCUCAUGUGAAGGAGAUGUGGAUUUCUCAAAAGCUCUUCACUGCGCCUGGCAACCCGUGGCUGGCUGCAAGUUCCCACGAGACUUUCCGUGGAUUUAGAGAAGCAGAGUACUCGACCAUUGCUUUGCUUGCUGACACCAAGGAGCCUGUAUUCUCGGUCGAGGGCGAACGUGGAACUGCUAUUACAAGUCUGUCUUUGUCCGAUGUCGAUGAAAGCACCAACAGACUGUGCUACAAGAUUGACCUUCAGCCGGACCUGUCAAUUCUUACUGCAGACGAAACAUCCAAAUUACUGAAGCAAAAUUUUGAGAAUCUGGAAGCUCCAGAAACAGAGAUAGUCGAUCGCGGGGACGCGAUAGCCUUGCACUUCAUCGAAGAAGUGAUCAACCAGCUGGACCCCAAUAGCUUAAAUUUCGAUCAGGAUCACAAGCAUCUGCAGAGGUAUAUGGCCUGGAUGCAACGAGUAGCGGGGGACAGAAAUAGCUAUACUCUUGCGUCACGCGGCCACCCGAAUUUGAAAAUCGAGGAUGUUCUUAAGGAAGCGGAUGCAGAGCCCUCACAACGUCUAGUCAACAAGGUUGGGGAGAACUUGCAUAGCAUAUUGACCGGCAAGUCAAAUGCUUUACAGACUAUUUUCGAAGGAAAAUUAGCUGAUGGUUUCUAUCACUCUGCCAUGUUUACCGUCAGCUAUCAGAAGAUAGGCAACUACAUGAGCCUCCUAGCUCACCGGAAUCCGCACCUCAGAGUCCUUGAAGUCGGUGCUGGUACAGGAAGCUCCACUGCUCACAUCAUAUCUGCUCUGACGACCAAAUCGAUUCAAGGACAGGACGCAGUCAAGUUCGCUGAGUAUGCAUAUACGGAUAUAUCUCCGGGAUUUUUUGAGCACGCAAAAGAACGUUUCAGCAAACAUGUCGGCCGCAUGAAGUUUCAAAAACUAGAUAUCGAGAGCGACCCAGCUGAGCAGGGGUUUGAAGUCGGAACCUACGAUGUCAUUGUAGCAGGCAACGUCCUCCACGCUACAAGUGAUAUGCAUAGAACCUUGCGGAACGUGAAGAAGCUGCUAAAGCCGGGUGGAAAGCUUGUCAUGGCAGAGAUUGUCAAUGUCGAUAACAUCCGCGACGCAUUUGUUUUCGGUCUGCUGCCCGGCUGGUGGCUCCGAUCCGCCCCGGUCUCAGCUGAAAGUGGCCAGAGUCAUCAAGACCAAGGUCCUCUUUUGACCGAAGAGCAGUGGGCAGAUCUGCUCCCUCAAUGUGGAUUUACUGGCCUUGAUAUGGCAUUCCGGGAUCACGAGGAUAAGCCACAUCACCGGCUUUCUGUAUUAGUUGCGACCGCAGAGGGUGAAGAGCCACAGGCAGACGAAAGCAAGUCAAGAAAGUUCUACUUAGUCUCAGCUGCUAAGAGUCAGUCUGAGGUUACGGAUGCGUUGACAAGCGACCUUCAGACGCGGUACCCGGAGGCCGAGAUCAAGUCUAUAGCUCUUGAGCAGACCAAAGACAUAGCACUAUCAUCGGCAACUGUGGUAUCACUACUCGAGCUUGAAGAAUCUGUACUCGAUAAGGUCAACGAUGCAUCGCUCGAUGGCAUCAAACGACUUGCUCUCAGCUCUCGGCAUCUUGUUUGGGUGACUGGUCACGGAAGCGUUCCAGAAUCUCAAAUGUCGGUGGGAUUGGGACGCACAAUUUGUUCCGAGAGAGGGGACCAGUCAUUUGUCACGCUCAAUUUGGAGCCUGAAAAGCCGGCUUCGCUGAAGGCGAAUUCCAUUAUGAGGGUCAUUUCACAACUCUCUGAGACUGAAGUCUGGGCCGAGACUGAGUUUAUCGAGAAAAGCGGCUUGAUUCACAUCCCACGUAUUGUCCCUGAUGAUCAACUCAAUGGUAUUGUUCAUUCCAGAACCGCAAAGCCCGAUUUUCAAACAUUUACGACUGGUCAAGACCCAAAGCCGCACUUCAACGUCACCAUUGGUACUCCAGGUCUCCUAGAUACCAUUUUCUACUCAGAGGACCCAAAUUGUUCUGCACCCUUGAAAGACGGUGACAUUGAAAUCGAGAUCAAAGCUUCCAGUCUCAAUUUCAAAGAUGUGAUGAUCGCACUCGGACAGAUCCCAGGCAACGGUUUCGGCUUCGAUGGUGCUGGAUUAGUCUCCAAAGUCGCGCCUGGGAGCAGUCUCUCAGUUGGUGAUCGUGUGAUGUUCUGUUCCGCAGACGGUGGGGCUUUUGGAACCUAUGUGCGCUGUUCGGAACUCCAGGCGGAGAAGAUCCCAGACGGACUGAGUUACACGACAGCUGCGGCUCUUCCAGCAGUUUAUACAACAGCAGUCUACUCUCUCAUACAUACGGCCAGGCUCGAAAAAGGAGAAACAGUGCUUAUCCACGCAGGGGCUGGAGGUGUCGGUCAGUCUGCCAUUCAAAUUGCGAAGCUCAUCGGUGCAGAGAUCUUCGUCACAGUGGGUAGUGAAGUCAAGAGGAACUUGGUAAAAGAGCUUUAUGGCAUUCCUGACGAUAGAAUCUUUUCAAGCCGAGAUGCAUCCUUCGAAACGGAUGUAAAGUUGGCUACUAAAGGCAGAGGCGUCGAUGUCAUUCUAAAUUCGCUGGGUGGUGAGCUUCUUCAACACACCUGGGAAUGCAUAGCUCCUUGCGGACGUUUUGUCGACAUUGGUAAGGCGGAUAUCAUCAAUAAUUCUACCUUACCUAUGGGACCGUUUAACAAAAACGUCAUAUUUGCGGCUGUCGACGAAGCCGUACUCCAUGACGAGGCAAAACCUGUCUUCAAGAAAGUUAUGGCGCACGUCAUGGACCUGUUUGAUAAGCAUCCCGAGCUCCACGAGCCGCGACCUCUGCACAUUUUUCCGGCCUCAAAGUUGGAGGAUGCCAUGCGGUUCUUACAAGGAGGAAAGAAUACUGGAAAGGCUAUCAUCGACUUCGAAACUCCGGGAAAUGAAAUUCAGUACUUGCCCGUUUUAAAACCUACGUACAGCUUCGAGGAACACGCAACAUAUGUGAUAUCUGGAGGCCUGGGCGGUCUCGGUCGUAGAAUAGUCCGUUGGAUGAUAAGUCGAGGGGCUCGCCACUUCCUGCUGCUCUCAAGAAGAGGCACCGCCAACAACCCAAAGGCAAACAAGUUCAUUCAAGAUGUUGAAUCUCUUGGUGCAACCGUCUGGGCUCCCGCAUGCGAUUCAGCCAACCUGGAAGUUCUGGAGCAGAUAUUCCAGGAGUGUAACACAAAGCUCCCGCCAAUCAGGGGCUGCAUUCAAGCUGCCAUGGCCUUAGACGACCACCUAUUUGAGAAUAUGACCAGCAAAUCAUUCCAUACAGCCCUGUCCCCUAAAACUCUGGGCUCUUGGAACCUGCACUUCCUUCUCCCCUCAUCCCUGGACUUUUUUAUCCUCUUGUCCUCCUUCAGUGGCAUCAGUGGCAGCAGAGGUCAGUCUAACUAUGCCGCUGGUAACACUUAUCAAGACGGCCUCGCCCACUACAGAGUCAACAAUGGGUUGAAGGGCGUAUCGAUCAACCUCCCCCUGAUCGCCGAGGAUGGCUGGGCCGCGGAGAAUUAUGACAUUGUAAAAGCCAUGUAUCAAGCCGGCCACUCAGCGGUUACACAGGGCCAGCUCACGGCGCUUCUUGAUGCUGUUUGCGACCCCAGUUAUGAUUGCUCAAGACCAGGGGCAGCCCAGCUUCUGGUUAUGAGUGAUAGCCCGCAGACGCUAUGGCGGAUAACACAAAGCGGCACGGUAGCAUGGGGGAAUAAGCCUCUGUUCAACAAUCUCAUUCGGAUUGGGAAGUCUGGCGAGGCCGGGAUCGGUGGUGAUACCAGCCCAGGGGCCUGUGCGAAGAUUGAUUACCUUGCACUAACUAAAGCGACGGAGAACUUGGAAGAUGCGGCUGAAAUUAUACUCCAAGGCUUGAUCCAGAAACUGGCGAGCUCACUAUCAGUACCAGAGGAGAACUUGGACGUCAGGAAGCCCGCUUAUGUUCUGGGCGUAGACUCGCUCAUUGCUGUGGAGGUCAGAUAUUGGUUCAUGAAGAACUUGAGCACCGAAGUGGCAGUAUUCAAUAUACUGAAAGACCAGAGCUUGACGCAGUUAUGUCAGUCGGUAGCAGCUCAGGUCUUGCAGUUGAAGGGUUAG